UUUGUGAAUUAAUUCCGUGGCGCACAGUGACGCCCUUUACUUAUGCAAAAUCAAAAGCAUAUUAAUCCAGAAGAUAACAUAAUUGUAGAGAUAGAUCAGAGAAAUAUAGAAAGAGACCGAAACGAAAUCAAAGAGAAGGAGACGGAACCAGCGAGGGGGGGAGAGAGCCACCGCCAGAUGGCGUCGUUGCCGCAGGGUACUCUGGACAAUCACCAUUUACAGUACUACCAUGACCAUGGCGGAGUAGCAGCCGUGAGGCACGUCGCAGCCGCCACUGCUCAACGGUCAGAGAUGGAGACGGACAAGGAAAUGACUGCUGCUGUAGUUGAAGGGAAUGGUACAGUUACUGGUCACAUCAUUUCCACCACAAUUGGAGGAAUGAAUGGAGAACCCAAAAGGACAAUUACAUACAUGGCAGAACGUGUUGUGGGAACUGGCUCGUUUGGAGUAGUUUUCCAGGCAAAAUGCUUAGAAACUGGGGAAGCUGUGGCGAUUAAAAAGGUUUUACAGGAUAGACGGUAUAAAAACCGCGAACUACAGUUGAUGCGAUUGAUGGAUCACCCUAAUGUCAUUUCCUUAAAACACUGCUUCUUCUCUACAACUGCUAAAGAUGAGCUUUUCCUCAAUUUAGUCAUGGAGUAUGUUCCUGAAAGUUUGUACAAGGCUUUGAAGCAUUACACCGACUCUAAUCACAGGAUGCCCCUACUUUACGUUAAACUUUACAUGUAUCAGAUAUUUAGGGGUUUGGCUUAUAUCCACAAUGUUACUGGUGUUUGCCAUAGAGAUGUGAAACCUCAAAAUCUUUUGGUUGAUCCACUGACCCACCAAGUCAAGCUGUGUGACUUUGGAAGCGCAAAAGUUCUGGUUAGGGGUGAAUCCAAUAUUGCGUACAUCUGUUCCCGUUACUACCGGGCCCCAGAACUUAUAUUUGGUGCAACAGAGUAUACUUCUUCUGUCGAUAUUUGGUCAGCUGGCUGUGUACUUGCCGAACUACUUCUGGGGCAGCCACUCUUUCCUGGAGAAAAUGCAGUAGACCAACUUGUAGAGAUUAUCAAGGUGCUUGGGACUCCAACAAGAGAAGAUGUUCGGUGUAUGAACCCAAAUUAUACUGCUUUUAGAUUCCCCCAAGUCAAAGCUCAUCCCUGGCAUAAGGUUUUCCUAAAAAGAAUGCCCCCUGAUGCGAUUGAUUUAGUAUCUAGGCUACUCCAAUACUCACCAAGUCUCCGUUGUACUGCUCUAGAAGCAUGUGCACAUCCUUUCUUUGAUGAGCUCCGGGGACCCAAUGCGUGCCUCCCGAAUGGCCGCCCUUUCCCACCGCUUUUCAACUUCAAUCAGGAAUUAGCGGGAGCUUCACCUGAAUUGAUCAACCGGUUGAUACCAGAACACAUCCAGCGGCAAAUUGGUUUGAACUUUUCGCAUUUUGGGGGAGACUAAUUAAAAUGAUAUCCGGGAAGCAUAUGAAGUUGUUCAUGAUCUAGAGGCCGAAUGUGAUAUGAAACCAUAACAAGCGGUGAUGGAUGAUGAUAUGUAACACUGUUUUGGCACAACAACUUCAUGGAGGUGGUUUAAAAGUUGUUUCUUUUGGCUCUUGGUCUUCUUCUGCUCCACUGGGAAUCUUUAUCGUUUUUAUGCCUGUACAUUAUUUUGGUCAAGAGACGAUACUGUUUUGUGUUUAGUUUAGUUAGGCAGGCAGAUUUGCUUCAGGGGCAAAUUCAGUGCACUACGAGGCUCCAUGUAAUUUGUUUUGUGCUUUAGUUAAAUGCCAAUGUGAUUCAAAAUUUUUGCAUCUUUUUG